ACUGGAUACUCGUGGGUAACGCAGUGUAAGCCAAUUUUCUAAACGACUGUGCCACCAGUACGAAUCACCGUUGAUCGCACAAAAAGAAGUUUAAAUCAUCAGCACAGAACGGCGCACGGUUCGUGCAAAGUUUAGCAAGAAGUGAAAGUGUGUGCCCGAGCUUACCAGUUGUGUGUUGGAAAAGCAAUCGUUUCCAUGGUGUUGGUGAUCAAGUUCGAUUUGGUGCCCGAUUUAUGAAUCAAAAACGGUGCUCUGAUAAAAGGCGAAGAAGAAGUGAAGUGAGGCGAAGAAGAAGAGGCCACUUCGAAUAGAAGGAAAUCAGGCGCGUGAGUGUGUGUGCGUGUUGGUAGGUUGGUUGAAUGGAAUGCAAUGCAAUGAAUGAAAUCUCCAUGCGCGAGCGAGACAGCGUACGUAUGCGCGAAAUGAAAGCCCUCAGUUGUGUGGUGAUGGUGGUGGUGUGAGUGAGUGCGACCGUGCAGCGGAUGUUCCACGCACACGUACACACACACACACCCACAGUGAACAACGCCAACGCCAACGGGAAGCAGCGGCCCAACCAGCAAGGUAUCACACGCACACUAGACAUCUCAAUAGCUUUUGAGCCAGCGCUUCGAACGCAGCACAAAACGGUUCGUGCGUGUGUCUCGCGGAUUCGUGGGAGUUACACAUUGCGAACAUCAGAGAGAAAAGCAACCAAAAAAAAACGACACACACGGUAAAACACACUAUCAACGGGACGGACUACAGCAGCUUUCGUUGUGGCGGAAAUCGUAGCGGAGUAGCAGCGGCAUUGUCCAGCAUUGACAAGAAUCAAACCUGUGCGUUCGCGGCCGAGUUCGGGAAAGAGAAUCCAAUACACACCAUCGGAAACAACAUUGGCAGCUAACCCGCUGUUCGUCCAGACCUGCCGAGAGCACAUAGUUAUGGAUUCAAUAUGGCUGACGACACACGUAAAGUUCGUGUCGAAGAGCAACUGAAGAUCAAAAUAGGGGAAGCAAAAAGUCUCGUGGGACGCAGCAGCAAUGGUGGUAGUGGCACGUCAUCGAAGGAAAACCGAGAUGUGUACUGUACGAUCGCGCUCGACCAGGAAGAAAUUUGCCGGACGCCCACGAUCGAGCGUACCCUGUCGCCGUUCUUCGGCGAAGAGUACCAGUUCGAGAUACCGCGCCCGUUCCGCUACCUGUCGGUGUACGUGUGGGACCGGGACCGGCACCUAAAGCAGGACAAACCGUACGGCAAAAUAGCGAUCCGGCGCGAAGAUCUGCACCAGUACAAUCACAAGGAUCACUGGUUCCCGUUGCGGCCGGUCGAUGAAGACUCGGAGGUGCAGGGUAUGGCCCAUCUGCUGAUCAACAUUGACGACGGCGUUGGCAACCUGAAACAGCACACCGGCGAGUUUGAGGACUAUCGGUAUCUCACGCAGCCCGCCACACUGUCUUGGUUGCAUCAGCAGCAGCAGCAACAGCAACAGCAGCUUCUUCACCAAAAUCAUUUAAAUCAGCACAAUCUUCACCACGAAUCGAAGGAGAACAGUGGCAUUCUUCCAUUUCAUCAGACCGCACACUCUCCGAACGCAUCGUCCAACAAUGCGCUGAUGUCGGUACAGCUAAACAGCUCGGUCACUAGUACAAAUCUAAAGUUAUUUUACCCCACCAAGGGUAGCAACAAUGCGCACCCACUCCUCGGCGGGUCUGUGGAAGGUGGCGGCGGCGGUGUUGGUGGUGGUGGUGGCGGGGGAGGUGGAGGAGGAGCCGGUAGCCAGAUGACGCCGCUACUAAAACUAUUCGAUUCCAGCCACACAUCGCCACUGCUACUAUCACUGUACACGAAUGGCGCGGGUAAUGGGGAGCUCGGGCAUGGGCCCGGGACCGGCGGUAUGUUGGUCGGAGUCGGUGGAGUGACCAGCCGGAUCACGAUCAAACUAACCGAGUGUGUAGAUUUGGCGCGCAAAAAUGGUCUCUGUGAUCCGUACGCGAUCGUGGUGGCGCACUACUCGAACAAAAAGACCAUCACCAAACGGACGAAGGUGCGGAAGAAGACCAUCAACCCGUCGUUCGACGAAACGUUUAGCUUCGAUCUGUGCAUCGAUGCGUGCGGGAGCGACUCGUCGAAAAGUGACAGCAACAACAUGUACACGGUAAUGCCGCUCGGCGGCGCAGACCUGUGUGAGGUCGUCAUUAGCUUCAAGCACGCCAGCCCAGGCAUGGGAGACGAUGUGUUUCUGGGCGAAAUUCGCAUCCCGGUACGGGGGAAGCAGCAACAGAAUGCGGUCCAACCGAGCGCUUGGUACUUCCUGCAGCCGCGCACCAGCCAAUCGAGGCCCAUGCGGACCUGUGCAACGCCACCCGGCACCCGGCUGUCCUGUGACAAUUCGCUCGGAUCGUUACGGUUGAAGCUGAACUACACCUCCGACCAUGUGUUUCCGUUGGCAACGUACGAUCAGCUGUAUAACGUGCUGAUUCAAUCGAUCGAUCAGAAACCGAUCACUGCCAGCGCGGUACACAUCCUCGGUGAGAUCAGUCACAACAAAACGGAGGUAGCGCAACCGCUGGUCCGUCUGUUCACGCACACGAACGUGAUUGCGCCCAUGAUAAAGGCGCUGGCCGAUCACGAAAUAUCGAAGCUUACCGAUCCGACGACAAUCUUUCGCGGCAACACGCUCGUGUCGAAGAUGAUGGACGAAGCGAUGCGUCUGUCCGGGUUACACUAUCUGCACGCUACGCUGCGCCCGAUCGUGGAGGAAAUCUUUGCCGAAAAGAAACCGUGCGAAAUCGAUCCGUCCCGGGUGAAGGAUGUCGGUGCGAUCGAGGGCAAUCUGCACAACCUGCAGGACUACGUGGGGAAGGUGUUCGAAGCGAUCACGAAGAGUGCGGUCAAGUGUCCGGCGAUACUGUGCGAAAUUUUUCACAAUCUGCGCGAAUGCGCGGCCAAGUAUUUCCCGCAGAACAAGGAGGUACGGUACUCGGUCGUGUCCGGGUUCAUCUUUUUGCGGUUCUUCGCACCGGCAAUCCUGGGACCGAAGCUGUUCGAUCUCACGACCGAACCUGUGGACGAGCAGACUACGCGCACCUUAACGCUGAUCUCCAAAACAAUCCAGUCGAUGGGCAACCUGGUCAGUUCGCGAUCGGCGCAGCAACCGUGCAAGGAGAAGUACACGGAGCAGCUGUACAAAAAGUUUUGUACGGAGCAGCACGUCGAAGCGAUAAAGCACUUCCUCGAGGUGAUCUCUACCGUCGGCGCUACCAGCGCUGGCGAUGGGCAAUCAUGCAGCAUGCUGGAACCAGUGGUUCUUAAGGAAGGCGAAUGGAUGAUGACAAAGCGCGCCCAAGGACGGAAACGGUUUGGCAGGCGGAACUUCAAGCAGCGCUACUUCCGGCUGACGACCCAAUCGCUCAGCUACGCAAAGGCCAAGGGAAAACGACCCAUCUGUGAUAUACCACUCGCUGACAUACUGGCUGUCGAACGGCUCAACGAAAGGAGCUUCAAGAUGCAGAACAUUUUUCAGAUAAUCAAAAAAGACCAGCGACCUCUCUACGUGCAAACAGCGAACUGCGUGGAGGAAAAGGAGUGGAUCGAUCUGCUGAGUAAGAUCUGCCACAGCAACAAAGCCCGCCUGGUAAACUUCCAUCCCAGAGCGUACAUUAACAGUGCGUGGACAUGUUGCAACGAAAGUGACCAAUACGCGCCCGGCUGUACGCCGCAAAACAGUGUCUCAUCGUCAAGCCCGUCCGAGAUGGAGCUCGCAACCGCACUCGAUCCGGCGCGCGAUCUACAGCGACUCCACUCGCUCAUCAUCGCCAACAUUAACAGCCUAGAGGUGCUGGAUCCAACGACGGCCUACGAAGAUCCGAUGGCGGCCCGGAAAACGAUCAAAAAGUUGAACGAAAUUGCUACCACGCUCGAGCAGAUACACCGCAAGUACAAGUCGAUGUUGGCGCGUGACCUCAAGUACGGUAGCCGGCAGGCACCGAUCGGGGACGAUAACUAUCUGCACAUGCCACGGUCCGGUUUUACGGCAGUGAUGGCGGCCGCCAGCGCUGCAGCAGCGACUACGGCCGGCACCGGUACGCUAAAUAAUGGAUCCUCAGCGACCAACGCGCCCUGCAACACUAACAGCAGCAGCGGUGGUGGUCCGGUGGUCGGAACGCUAGGCAGUGUAACGCCGAUCACUGUUGCCACCCAGCACUAUCCCGAUGCAAGCUUGGCACACUUUUUUCCCCAUCGGAGUUUGCUAAUGCGUGGCGCGGACGGUGGCGAUCCGUUGACGCAAUGCUAGCGAGCGAGCACGGCAAAGGACUUCAUCGCGCGCGCUGUGCCGUGGACGAUGAUGGACGCGCAGCAAUACUCGACGCCGAUGGGGUGUGAAUCAACCGUUCGCAGGGGACAAUCAUCUCUGAACUAUACUUUCCAUUAGUUAUCACAACCUCACACACACACACAGACACACUGUAGUUCGUGCGGUAUGGCAAACCCAUACCGGGUGCGCGAUCUACAUUUAAUUUAUUUAUUGUAUAGAGCGAAGAAUUUAUUUAGUAUUCGGAGUAUGUUUUGUACGCGGGCGCUGAUGCGUAACGUGCAACAAAGAUAACACAGAUCCUCUUGCCUUAAUAUGAUCACGUGGACACAACCCAGACGGAUCAUCGAUUUGCGAUCAUGAAGCGCAACAGAAGAAGAAGAAAAAACGAACGGAAACGAUCAGCAUUAUGCAGCACCAAAAUUAGCGGACGAUAUAGAGGGGGAGAGAGAGAGAUGGAGAGAGAGAGAGAGAGAGAGAGAGAGCGCGCACAAAUCAUAGGGGAGAUUUUUUUUUAAAUUUAAAAUUUAAAUUUUGACCGUUAUUAGUGUUUUUUUUACAAUUUUGUUGGAUUGGUUUUGUUUUACCUUUUGCGACAGGCAGCCGCCUUAGGUUGGAGAAGAAGGGUGGACAACAUUCUCCUCCAUUAGCGCACUUAAAAGCGUUUGUUGUAGUAGAGCAGAUUGUAGCUAUGGUAGCAAUUAUGAACUGUUUUUCCUUCCUUUGUUUCAUACUUUUAGGCACAAAAUUUCGAACAAAACGGAAGGAUCCUUAUUUUCCCUGCGAAACGGCUAACGGAAGAUAUCGGGUUUUGUUUGCGCUGUUUCGAUGUUGGUUAGUAGGCCCGUCAGCCGCAACUGGGUUAACUGUAUGUAUGUAGCUCUCUACCACUCUCUCUACCAGUCUGAUAAUCAUUCCACCGUUGGGAACGUAGUACGUUUUUGUUUGUUUGUUUUAUUUUACUUUUGUGUUUUGAACGUAAACCCCACACGACAGACACGUGUCUCCUCACGUGAACAAACAUUCUUUGCUGGAUGCUGGUAACAAAACAAGAUUCUGCCUCAACUAUAUAUAUAUAUAUAUACACAUACAACAAAACGGUUUUUGAAAUAGAUAAUUCCCUGGUCGGCCUGGGUCGGGCUCUGUGCACAAGACGCCGGCGCACCACAUUACAUUGUUACUGUUUACGAUAGACACUAGGAGCAGGAAGUCUAACCAAUUCGAUAGUCUCAAAAAGCGUCGACCAUAAUUUUGUAAUCUCAAACUGUGGUUUUUGUUUCAUUAACAGACAGACACACACACACACACACACACUAAUUGCUUUUGCUCUGCAAACUGCAUUCCUGAUAGUGAAUGAGUGAAUGAGAGAUGCACCCCUCUUCGUGUCGACUAACUCACCCACUCACUCAGUGGUUUGUCGGCACGGAGAGUUAAAUCCUUUCUCGUGAUUCAACUCUUAAAGAGUGAGUAUACGAUUCAACUCACUACUCUAACUCAUUCACACGGAUUUAGUUCACCUUACUGAGUGAUUAUUCCCAUCACCAAUUCCUGAACCUAACUGCCUGCCUGCCGGAGUGGCUGGCUAAGGCUGGAACGAAAUGAUAUUGAAUGUGGUCGUUUAACAAAACCCGUGCAUCCUAUCUAUGUGCAGAUAUAUGGGAGAAGGAAAUGAUUCGAAUUUAUAAUAAGACUACACUCUACUAGCCAGACAGACCGAAUAGACAGCACCUGGCAAACACAUCAAUAUUGUGCAACCGCAAGCAAGACAAGAGAGAUGUUUGUUGUUAUUAAUUUCCUUCUUUUUUUAUUGUAAGAAACAAAUGUAGGAAAUAACUUCUUAAAUCAUUGUGUGUGUGUGUGUGUGUAUGAGAGGGAUGAGUAGGAUGUAAAACUGCACACAAAAUAACUUAUGCACCUAACAGAGAGAGAGAGCGACACACACACACAAUUAAUUUUUAGAUGAAAAUUCGUACUCAAGAUGCAACAUUUGUGUCGACAGGCGAGUAGAUUUGUAAGGUACAAAUAGGAAUCCAAAUCUUGUGGUUUACGAGCCAAGAAGAAGGCAGACGACGCAAGGGUGCCUAUAUUAUUGGUGGCCGGAUGAUGAAACUAGCGCGCCUUGAUGAGGAUGAGAGAUCUCUUUACAUCCGAUCCGAUCCGCACCCUUGUGCGCGCUUGUGUAUGUGUAUGUAGAGAACUGUAGAAAAUACACCUAAAAACCCCUGAUUGUACCAUACGAUGUAGCCUUCUUAAAACGAACACCACCACCACCAGAGAGGAAAACCCCUGCACUAGGGGUAGAACGAUAUUUCCACAAAAUUGAAAAACGUUUUUCCAUAUAAAAAAACAACAACAAAAAACCAACUGAAAUUGCAUGUUGUGUGCAUUGUGUGUGUGCGUGUGUGUCCGGUUACUAAAAGCGUGUAUGUGAUGUAGAAAGCUGCGCUGUAUAAGAGCUGUUUAAGAGCACGAUCGAUGAAGCGAUUCACGGCGGAACGACUGCUGGCGUUAGCGGUCAGCAGCAACACGAUAAGUGUAGAAUGUGUCUCCAAAUAGUAUUGGGUAUUAGAGUAGUCGGCGUCGUGGACCUUCCCCCAACCCCGGUCGUCAUCGGUCCGCUAGCGCCUUCCGCCUGAUUCCGCCUGAACGCCGGGAAUCUCAAUAGCAAGGAACGGCACGGAGUCAUUCAGCAUAGGUGAUGAGAUAUGGCGUCCUUUUAUCAAUGGGAUGGGAGGAAAAAUGGGGGAUGGGGGGUUCUGUUGCGCAUUUUAGUUUUUUUUUCCUUUAAAUUUCCAAUCCGGUACGGCACCAAAAACCAAUAGUCGCGCACAAAAGAAGGCAGAAACGCUAGCUUUAGUUUCUUUGUAAAAUUAUUGAGCCGCGUGCAAUGGAGAAGUAUCUCGCCGUUCUCUACAUGCACCCCUACCCCCACCUAAAUCGUCUUCGUCCACACGGUCCAGGAAAAUGGGCGCACAAUCUGGUUUUGUGGAAAGCGCUGUAUACUAUAGUGUACGGUUACGGAACUCUUUUUUGGGGGGCAGUUUGUAUUUUAUAUAGAUAGGGACAAAUCGGCUCCGGCAAACCUGAGAUAUGGAAUAUUUUGUACGAGACACGUACGAGUUAUGCGUGUUGCGAGUUUUGACACGCGCAUGGCCUUUACGACGGUGGCUACGCGUUAAACAAUGUGGAAUAUUAGGCGAGAUGCAUAUUAUAUUAUACAUACAUUAUAUGGAACUAUUAUACUAUUACUAUUAUUAUUAUUAAUAUUAUUAACUUUAUUGUAGAUACAUUAAUAAUGUGUCCGUUUUUUUGUUAGACAGUAAGUGAACGACAGAGAGAGAGAGCGAGAGAGAAAAAUGAUAACUUAAAAACAAACACUGAGUGAACUGUUACAAAACAUAUUUCACUACUCCUGAUUAUGAGAUAAAGAAUAAGGAAUCGAACAAUUGAAAACAU